AUGAGUUAUAAAUCUUCAAGAUACAGCAAAACCCCAUCGUGUAUAUAUGUAGGAAAUUUACCAGGAAAUAUCAUAGAAGAAGAGGUCUACGAUUUAUUUGGAAAGUUUGGACGUAUAAAAUACAUAGAUAUAAAAAGAACAAGGUCUUCUAGUGUUAGUUUAUCAUACGCUUUUGUCCAUUUUUCCGAUGUCAAAGAUGCAGAAUAUGCAAUAGAAAGAAGAGACGGUUAUAAAUAUGAUGGUUAUCGUUUACGCGUUGAAUUUUCAGGAGAAAACAGAGGCUAUGGAAAAUAUAGAAAAAAAGAAGAAGGAAUUGGACCCCCAUUAAGAACCGAACAUCGACUUAUUGUUAGUAAUUUGCCAGACAACUGUAAAUGGCAACAUUUAAAAGACAUUAUGAGACAGUGUGGUGAUGUAGGAUUUGCUAACAUCGAGUAUGGAAAAGGAAUAGUAGAAUUUAUUAGUUACGAUGAUAUGUUAUAUGCGAUUGAAAAGUUUGAUGGUGCCGAAUUUAAAGUUUAUGAUCAGGUUACAAAUAUAAAAGUUAGAAAAGAUAAAAGGGGGUUCUCAUAUACGAAAAGACAUAGAAAUGAUUACUAUAGUCCCAGAUAUAAAAAAAGACGAAGAUAUAGUGAGGAAUCUGGAUUAUCGGCUAGAAAUAGAUCAAGAAGACACAACAAAUAUAGUAACACAUCAACAAAAAGAAAUAAUAGAUAUGAUUAUAAUAGUGAUAGUACAAAUUAUAAUAAAAACAAAAGUAAAUACGAUAAAAUUAGGCAAAGAAAAAAUGAAUAUAAAGGUAAAAGAAGUUACAGCGUAGAUGGUAAAAGAAAUGAAGAAGGUAGUAGAAGUAAAUCAAGAAAUUUAUCAAGAGGUGAUGAAAGAAGUUAUAAAAAGAAAAAAUAUAUACGUAAUAAUUCAAGUGUUAGAUUAAGCAAACAAUCUAGUAGGUAUGAAGAAAAGGAAAAUGCAAAAAAUAACAGUUAUAGUAAAAGCGUAAGUAACGAAAAAAGUGAAAGUGCUAGAAGAAAUGGAAGUGAAUAUAGGAGUAGAAAAAGAAGCUUAAGUGAAGAUGGAAAUAAAAAAAGUAGAAAAAGAAGUAUAAGUGAAGAUGGAAGUGAAUAUAAAGAUAGAAAAAGAAGUAUAAGUGAAGAUGGAAAUAAAAAAAGUAGAAAAAGAAGCAUAAGUGAAGAUGGAAAUAAAAAAAGUAGAAAAAGAAGCAUAAGUGAAGAUGAAAGUGAAUAUAGAAGUAGAAAAAGAAGCUUAAGUGAAGAUGAAAGUGAAUAUAAAGGUAGAAAAAGAAGUAUAAGUGAAGAUGGAAAUAAAAAAAGUAGAAAAAGAAGCAUAAGUGAAGAUGAAAGUGAAUAUAUAAGUAGAAAAAGGAGCUUAAGUGAAGAUGGAAGUGAAUAUAAAGGUAGAAAAAGAAGUAUAAGUGAAGAUGGAAGUGAAUAUAGAUGUAGAAAAAGGAGCGUAAGUGAAGAUGGGAGUGAUUUUAGAAGUAGAAAGAGAACCUUAAGUAAAAGUUCGAAAAGAGAACAUAGCUCAAGUGAUGAAAAAAAGGAGAAAAGAAAAAGAAGCCAUAGUGAAUCCAAUAAAUCUCAUUAUAAAAGUGGUUCCCGUGAAAUGGAAAAAGUUCAAAAAGAUAAAGGCAAUGGUAAGUUAAGUGAAACUGAAAAGAGUUACAAAUCGCGUAGUAAUUCAGAAAGAAACAGCGCCAUAGAAAAAAACAAAAGUAAUGACGAAAAAAAGAAAACAGUUGAUAAAAGAACUAAAAAAGUUACAAAAAAUAUAAGGAAAAAGAAGGGCACAGAUGAUAAGGACAUAAAGGAAAAUAAUGAUAAAGCAAGUGGAAAUGAAGAUUUAAAAAGUGUUUCUAAUGAUGGAAAUAAAAGCAAUAGAGAUAAAUCUGAAGAAAAAGAAAAUAAUAAAGAAAAUUCAAAUUCAAAUAAAAAUCAAAAAACCAAAAAAGCAGCAGCUUCAGAAGCAAAACCAAAAAGGGGUAGAAGAGGAAGAAAAAAAGCUAGUGCAGAAGAAAAUAUAGCUAAUAUAGUAGAUGAUAGUGUUAAUGGAAAUGUAAGCAAUUAA